UGUAUACGAGCGUCAUUACGGUAACUCUGAGGCGCUUCACCGUAUCAAACAUGGCGUUGUCCUGUUCGAGCCUGUGUAGCCGUUUGUCUUUGGUCCGACUGUGUGGCCUCAGGACAAACAGGACAACAACAGGCCUUUAUUCACAAUACGUAUCCUGUCAGUCCAGGUUGCCCCUGUGUAGACACUACACAUCGUCCAAAGUUAGACGAGGUAUCGGUCGAUAUGUCUCCUCAAGGCUCCAGUGGGCAAAUAAAAAAUAUGAAACUUUCCUCAAGAGGAGAUUUCCCCGCUUUUAUCAGCUCUACCAUACGUUUGUGGAAGGAUUCAAGUUAUUGUUCCAAGAUGCCAAAGAAGUGAGGAGGAUAAAAGCAAAGAUGUACUCUGAUGGAGUGAAGUUCCAGGAUUUACCUUACAGAGAGAUGGAGAAACUCAGACAGUUUCGCAGAGACAUGAUCAAGGCUGUCCCGCUGGUGAUGAUCUCUCUCCCUCCCUUUGCCAACUACCUGGUUUUUGUCUUGAUGUACUUUUUACCCCGCCAGCUCCUGAUCCCUCACUUCUGGACUCCCAGGCAGCAGGUGGAGUUUCGGGGAGUGUAUAAUUCGCUCAGGGCCCGGCACCACUUGCCAGUGCUCAAAGGGCUGGAGUACACGAGCCACCAGGUCAAAGACAGUCACCUAAGAGUUGCCUUCAAGGAUCUGUGUGCAAAAGUGCAAAGUGGAGUGAACCCUAAGGUGUCUGAAAUCCUCGCUGUUCGAAGACUGUUUUCUGGCCCCCCUCUGGGCAUAAAGAGGAUGAGCGUUGAUCACAUGAGGCACAUCAGCCCCCUGCUCUUCCUGACGCCUCGCCUCCCGGGUUUCUUCAUCGGCCGGCGGCUGAACAGCCACGGCCUGGAGCUGCUGCAGCUGGACCGAGCCCUCAGCAAGCUGGGCCCUCACCAGCUCAGUGACGCUGAACUCAGGCAGGCUUGUUUCGUGCGAGGGCUCAAUUCUGAUUGUCUUAGCAUCAACCAGUGCCGCGAGUGGUUAUCCCAGUGGCUUCAGGUGUCCUCCUCAUUGAAAGACUCAGAAGUGUCACUGCUCUUGCACAACAUGGUAUUUCUCUCUGCCAACUACCACAAUGGUCUGAAAUGGUCCCACUGACAGGAAGCCGGAAGCAGUCUGCUUUUGUGAUUAGGUUCUCAUUUGUGCACUGGGCAGCAAAACAACCCCAACAGCUGUGACAUCUCCUUUUAGGCCACGGGAAAAACAUUUUAAAACUGCUGUUGGCAAGAUUUUUGGGUUUAAAAAGAUAAAAAAAAACCCUCAAAAUUCAAAGUGAAGUCUGUCAUACAGAAACUGAUCUCAUUAAUUCUUGACACUGCAGUGUUGUCCUUAUUGUCAAUUAAAAGUCUUGUCUUAGCUUUGAACAUCUCUAAUCAUCUUGAGCGACUAAUACGGCAGAGAAGAUUCACAGUCACAGAAUUUAAUCUGGAAAGAUAUGGUGAGUGGUAUUACACUCUGCUUUGUACAUUAGGACAAUAAGACAGCUGCAUUUGGGCUUAAAAAUCUUGCUUAGUGGAGUUAAACCUAUCGCGGUGCACUGAACUAUAUUAAGUGGUGAUGUUGAGGUAAUGUCAUGAUUACCUGUUGCUGUAUAUCAAGCUUGUCACCACUUUAAAUAGUAGACUUGUCAUCUGUUUACUUCCAAGCUAACACACACAUCAUUACUAUGCUACAAAGACAACAGGAUAUUGUUACGGCCUGUUAAUAUCUUUGCUCGAGGAAUGGUACAAUUCAAUCAUUCAGACACAUUCCAUUCAUAAAAAUACAGGUGAGAUAGCUUUUAUGUGAGCAUGUUGAAUGUUUUUACAUGUUCACAUCAAACAUGUACUGUAUUUCUUCAUACCUCACUUUGUGCUCUGCUCUUUUUUUUUUUUUUAAACUGUGGAUAAUGCUGUUUAUGGCAAAGUUGUAGAUAACAGGAGCUUUUGAUAGCAGUCUUGAUGGAAGGAACUCGUUUUGCUAAAAAAAGGAACAAGCGGUCAACUUCAAAAAGCAGUAAAUAACACGUAGGCUCCCAAUUAAGACACAGAUAUGACUCAGCUGCAGAAACAAGAUGUGUGGUGAGAAGCUGAACUUAAACCCUUCUGGGGUUACAAGUUGUAUGAAAAAAAAAUGUUGUGAUGGCACUUUACUUUGUUGUUUACUUGAUGUUUUCUUUGCUUUGGAGGCAUAAUGACAUUGACUUACCUUGGUAAGACCAGAAGCACAUGAGCACAUUUCACUCUAGCUUUUUGUCUAAUUCAGAGGAGGAACUACACAACCCUCGUACUGGUGUCUGGUGUUGUAAAGUGUCAAAUAGGAAACGUCGUUCUUGCUUCCUGUGCCUUUCGCAAGGACUGGCACAUUACAUCUAAAAUAUGAGUUUGUUUAAGUUAUAUUUUGUCUAUGAAUCUUUUUUUUUAAAUAUAUGAUUAUUUACUCAAACUUUGAAUGUUGUGUUGCUGUGCCAAUCUUCUACAUUGUCCUGGAACUGUCUGAAAUAAAUACCUACAUGGUGCA